AUGGCUGCUCCUGGGGGUGCCGUGCAGGAUCUCUGCGAGGAAGCCACUUGCUCCAUCUGCCUGGAGUGUUUCCGGGAUCCGGUGAUCAUCCCGGAGUGCGGGCACAACUUCUGCCGAUCCUGCCUGAUCCAGUGCUGGGAGAAGUCCGAGGGAGAGGCUUCCUGCCCUCUGUGCAGGGAAAUCAUUCAGCACAGGAACCUCAUCCCCAAUCGGCCGCUGGCAAAUGUUGUGGAAAUACUAGUAGCCGAGAAAGUCUCCCUUCCAGGGAGGCAGAAGGAAAGGGGAGAGUCUGCGAGAAGCACCAGGAGCCCCUGAAGCUCUUCUGCCAGGAGGACCAAAGCCCCAUCUGUGUGGUGUGUGACAGAUCCAAGGAGCACAAAGGCCACGAGGUGAUCCCUCUGGAGGAGGCGUUGCAGGAGUACAAGGUAGGAAAUCUCUCUGGGUUUCCUUUGGGGAUGGUGAGGGUGAAAGAGAUACAGAGAAGGGGGUCUUGCAAGAAAAUGUUUUAAUGUAUUCUCCCCUCCUGCAGCCAAACAGUAACUAAACUUCCAAAACUCUUCAAUGAACAUUUCCUUUUUUCGGGGGAGUGCAGUGCCCCCAAUGUCCCCCUGCCUUCCUGCCUGCAGGAGUAACUCACCCCCAGUCCUUCCUCUGGAAGCAGCUCCCUUAGGAAAGGGCUGGAGGGUGGGGCAGUGCAGAUGGCAGGGACCCUGAGGGCCAUCUAGUCCAACCCCCCGCAAUGCAGAAAUUCUGCCCACACCCAUCCCUGGUUGGGCUCGAACCACCAACCUUCUGGUUUGUGGGAUGUAAACACAGGAGCAGUCAAUGACAACAUUCCUAGAGUGUACAUGUUAGAACAUGGGGAGGGAUGUCUGUCCAGCAAGCAGGUCAAACUUCCUGGAGGAUCGGACUUUCUCUCUGCAUGUGACCAGAGGCUGAGGUGUGGCCUCACCUGUGCAGGUAAUGACAAAAGCACAGGGCAGGCAGCUUCAUCUUCUCUCUCUGCCAUUUUUCUUCAAUGAGGAAACAUCUAAGGAUGCCCUCUCGGCCUCCCAGCCAAGAGAGGCAGAUAUAGGACUAUUCUUGCUUACAAGAUUAGAUUUCCAUGCAAGCCUGUACUGUAACCGUUUCUAAGCGCUGGAUCUGUCCUCCUGGAUCCUAGUGUGGAAGCAGAACGUGAGUAAACUCUUUUAUACUUUUAUAAAGACUGUGUUGUGUCUUGUAUUUUAAGAGGGAACUAAAGGGAAAUUACCAGGUAUAAGAGGGAACUAAGGAAAUACCAGGUAAUUAUUAGAGGUUCUAGCGAACCUGUGCACACGUUACCGUUGCGAACUUAAAGGGGAAUGUCUAUAAACUCUGCUGAUAUUUUGGGAACUUGUUAGCACAAGUUGGAUAAGGAUAUAAUUAGUCAAUAUAUCCUCUCCUGCACCCCAGAACAUUCCCACAUGGUUAACAACCAGACACACUGACCCAUUGCGCCACAGGCUCCCAGGAUGACGAAGGCAAAGACCACAGUCUUUGGGGCAGGGAGCAAGCAUGUGAUUCAACUUUCCUGUUAUUAUGAAUAUUAAACUCCAAGAAUGAAAACAGCAACCAAACUUUGGUUUUGUUUUGUUUUCAGGAUCAGAUCAGAACCUGCCUAGACAAUGUGAGGAAGGAGAGAGAGAAAAUUCUGGAAUUUAAAGCAGAUGCAGAAAAGGAAAGUCAAGACCUGCUUGUAAGCAUCACUGUUUCUUGGAAGUGA